GAGCAUUCUGUGUCACAGACGUGUAUGUUUGCACAUACGCAUACAUAUGUAUGUAUGUAUGUAUGUAUAUAUAAUAUAUAAAGACGGAUCGUUGUUUUGUGUACCUGCUCAAUUAAUUUUGGAAGCAUUAUAAUUAUUUAACAAAAGGAAUUGAGUGUCUCUACUUAUGAUAUAGACAAUAUGUUAUCUGUUUGUACAUAUUCAUUAGUCAGAGGAAUAUGCAUUGCAAGAGGACGAAGAACACUGGCAACAGUUUUAGCUACAGAACUAAAAGAUAUAGAAAAUGAGACUUUCCGUACAUUCGAAUCAGAUCCUCAAAAUCAUAUUGAAACUCACUUGGGAAGAGUAUACACAAUACCAAAAGAUAUAGAAAAAUUCUUUCAAAAUGGAAUGCCGAAUGAGUGGAAACAACAAAUAAAAGUUUUUGGAGAGUUUGGUAUUUUAGUUAGAAGACCAGCAACUGAAAUUAUAUCUUAUUUAGAACAAACAGAUUACUCGAAGCCUAUAAAUAAAUACGUUUUAUAUGGUAAAGAAGGUGUAGGAAAAACAUCGACCAUAUUGCACUUAAUUCACUAUGGCCUUGCAAAAAAGUUUAUUGUGCUUAAUGUACCAUCAGUUAAUAAUUGGUUUAAGUUCCCAACCGAGGUUCCAGAAUCUCCAAUUGUACCAGGCAAACUAGAUCUUCCCUUACAUGCAGGGGUUUGGUUAAAUUAUUUCAAAAAUUUAAACGCUCCAUUAUUAUCAACACUCGAUCUUAAACUCUCCAAGGAUUACAUUUGGUCUUACCGAGAAUCUACAAACUGCGGAGAACCACUUUUACAUAUGAUUGAAUUUGGAGCACAAAGAAUUAAGUUUGCUUGUGGUGUUAUCGAUGCUCUUGUAAACGAACUUAAAAUAGCCAGUAUGGCAGGCAAAUGUAGAGUGUUGACUGUCAUAGAUGGUUUUAAUUCGCUUACUUCUGACAUCACAGCGAUCAAGGAUGAAAAGAAGCAACUUAUACCACCAGAAAGAAUAUCAAUAACCGCUUCAUUUUUAAAUACUGUUAACUGUAAUUGGUGUAAUGGUGCUGCAAUAUUAUCAGUGGAUACAAAAGCAAAUAAGAAUAGAAGAGAAUCUGAAUAUCCGAGGUAUUUACUUGGUAAAGAAGGAUUUGAACUUCUAGAUCCUUUUAUUCCAGUUGGCGUUGAAAACUACACUUACGACGAAUUUAAUGUCAUUAUGGAAUAUUAUAAAGAUAGAAAAUGGAUUAGAGAUAUCAGUUCUUCAGGACAAAAGGAAUUAGAGCUUUUGUCAAAUAGAAAUCCUCUAGAACUUUGGUUCCGUUGUAAACCUCUGUAAAAUAAAUGAAAGUGAUUACUAAGAAAAUAACA